AUGCGAAUUCAUGUCAUUGAUCAAGAUCCAAGUACCAAAUUUAUUGGCGAAGGAGAGGAAGAAGUUGAAAAGUAUGUUAUUAGUGAGGAAGAUUAUGAUAAGAGAGAAGAUACAUUUAGAAAGUGGAAAAAGAAGAAUAUUGAUCCAUUCGUGAGUAAGACAGCCAAACCACUCUCUGCAGAAGAAGAAAAGUAUAACGACGCAAAAAUUAUUGAGGGAAUCACGAAAGAGAGUCGUUGUGAAUUGAACGAAUCUAAAAUGAGAGGUCAAGUGAAGUUUGUUGGAAAAGUUCAAUUUGCUAAAGGAUAUUGGGUGGGAAUUCAAUUAGAUGAACCCAUGGGUACAAAUGAUGGCUCGACCAAUAAUAAGCGAUAUUUCACAUGCCCUCCAAAGCAUGGAAUUUUCAUAAGGCCAGACAUGAUCACGAUUGGAGAUUUUCCUGAAGAAAAUUAUGAUCUCGAAGAGUUUUAA